CGCUACACUGUACUGGUUUCUGCACUGUGGAAAACUGAGGUCCAGGACUGGGAGCUUAAAUGCAUGAAUAGCUUGCUGCUGGAUGAGAGCCACCAUGAACCCGAAACAGAAAAGUUGGAAAACCCCCAGGACUCAUCCAACAAAGUCGGAACAGGAAACGAGACACGACAUAUUUCAAAAUCUGGAGCCAAGAAAACUUCUGAAAAAGACACAGUUCCAGGGGGUGUGAGUUUACUGACCCGUGUGCUGCGCAUGGCGCACCGGGGCCUUCUCAGCCCUUUGGGUCGGCAGGGAGUUGAGGAGAAGUGUUCACAAACACUGGCUGUGCCGAGACAYCARAGUCCUGGCUGCAUGUUCCGGAGACGAGCCUCGGCUUCAUUUACACAAGCUCAGGUGAGAUUGAAAAGGCAGAGCAAGCAGAAAAGUAGCAUUCACCAGCCUGCAGGACAAGGGAGCAGUGGAGAGGUGGCUGUAGCCCCUGUUACUGGGACAAAACCUGCUGGCUGUGGGAAAAGUGAAAGAUAUCAGCAAACCUUUGAGAGAUCUGGUACAGGGUCUGUUGGCAAAGUGACUCAUCGUCGUAGCAACCACACCAUCCGUAAUCAUGCCAGGGCGAAAUCUCAUUGUCUUCCUCAAAAUGAGAAGAGCUCAGUGGACCAGAAUCCUAACUCCAGUGUGAUUCUCUCCUCCACCAUUCACUCGAGUCCCCAACCCACCAGUGCGUCUCAAAGUGGAGAACCCCAUGAAACAUUCAACGCAGCUCUCAUCAGAGAAUUAUCAUCCAGACAUCAGACCGGGUUGCCCUUCACGAACGCCAGAGAAUCAAAGCUGAUUUAAAAACUUAAGAACAGCAGAACAUGAAAGUACCAACCAGGAUUUAUCAAACUGUUGAGCUGCAAAUCUGCUGGUUGUUUAAAACUGUCUUCUCCAGGAAUUUGUCACUUUCAUCACAAUUUAUUGUCUUUUCCAAUACUUCACACACUUUCUUUUUAAUUGCCUCAAAAAGGUUUAAUAAAAUGCAUAUUUUUAAUUGU